CUUAAAGAUAUGUGCUCCAUACAUGGCCAUGGUAGUCAUGCAGUUCGCUUAUGGUGGAUUCAACAUCCUCAUGAAGAUUUCCCUCAAUAGGGGACUCAGCCAACUUGUUUUCAUUGUGUACAGACACUUAAUUGGAAUGCUCUUGUUAGGCCCCUUAGCCUUUUUCCUUGAGAGGAAACAACGCCCAUCUCUUUCCCUUCCCAUGUUGAUCAAGAUUUUCUUCCUAUCAUCACUUGGGACUACCAUUUAUCUCAACGUCUACUAUGCUGGCUUAAAUUACACUUCCCCAACUGUUGCGUGUGCCUUGGGUAAUGUCACCCCUGGUUUCACAUUCGUCAUGGCACUUAUCCUCAGGUUGGAGAAAUUGAGGAUUGAGACUGCUAAGGGUAGAGCUAAGGUCUUGGGAACAUUGAUUUGUAUUGGUGGAGCUUUGAUUUUUACAUUCUGGAAAGGAGGAUACCAAUUCAAAAGCUUGACCAGAAGUCCAUUGAUAGACUUUGAUAACACCAGAGGUUCCGUUCAUGGGUCAAGGCACCACAAAGAAGACUGGAUCAAAGGUUCACUUCUUAUUCUAACAAGCUAUGUUUCCUGGAGUGCAUGGCUCAUACAACAGUCACUGGUCUCAAAUGUCUAUCCAGCGCCGUUAUCAUUGAACACCAUGAUUUGUUUCUUUGCUGCACUGCAAUCUUCUGUUGUUGCUCUCUUCUUCGAGAGGGAGGCAAUGUUGUGGAGACUCGAGUGGAAUGUUCAACUCUUGACUGUUAUUUACUCUGGAGUAAUCAACUCAGCCUUGGUGUACUACCUACAAACAUGGUGUAUCACCGAGAAGGGACCAGUUUUUGCAGCUAUGUUUUGUCCAUUGGCAAUGGUGAUUGUAGGCAUAUUCUCAGCAGUUUUCUUCGCUGAGCAACUUUACUUGGGAAGCUUGAUCGGUGCAAUCAUUACUGUCGUGGGGCUUUAUAUAGUAUUAUGGGGCAAAAGCAGAGACAAUUGCAGUGAAGGGAAGGUUGGGAACGAUGAUAAAAGUUCUCUUAAUCAUCAGACACUAGAUAUCACCACAGCUAAUCAACCCUUGAGCAUGACCAUCCCAAGCACAAAUGGAAAAAACUGAGCAGUAUUCUGUGUUUAAGAACUUAUCAUACACUUAAUGGUUUCUUGAGGGUGAAGCUAAAUGCUUCAUGUUGAAUUGAAAAGGGAGGGGGAGAGGGAGGAGGGAAGGCUACGUGCCUGAGAUAUAAUUUUAGUCUUAAGAGUAAUAAUUUAUGGAUCUCUCC